AUGCAAGAAUCUCCUAACGAUGAAGAUGAGAACGCCGAUGAAAAAACUCCUGAAAAAUUAGUUAUCAUGCAAACAAAAGAAGUAGGAACACGGCAGUUGCGUUCUGGCAUCAAAAUAAACAAAGACAAAAAAGACAGAAAGCCUGCAAAGAGACCAGAUUACACAUACCCCAAAGCACAUAAGAAAUGCCAAAAAAGAGCAAGCCAAAGUGAAGAUGAAGCAGCCAACAAAAAAAGGAGGACAAAGAUACAUACCUUCAGUUGCACAUCAUCUGAUUAUGAUGAGCAAGCCAAUCUGUCACAGAAUUACACUGGACGCUUUUACCUACACAAUAGGACAAUAUUGUACAAACAUAACAUUGAAAAGUUGAUGGGAGAUGAUCCAAUUUCUGCACUAAUCAUCGAUGCUUAUGGAGAGGCACUUAAUGAUGAUGCGAAGCAGAACCCUCAGAAAUAUAAAAAUGCAUAUUUGUCCGCCAAUAACUAUAUGUUUUUGCGAGGUGCCUCCCACAAGUUGACAUAUCAUGCUUUCUAUAUGCCACUCCUAGAAAAUAUUGGAAGAGUUGAUAGAGUGUUCAUACUAAUUACAGAUGAGAACCACCAUACGCUGCUUGUCUUUGACACCGGUGCAGCAAAAUGGACACACUUCAACUCAUUCAGGGGGACAUCAGAACAAACUCUCCAAUAUUAUCACAAGAAGGUUGAGACAACAAAUAUAUUCCUCUGUCUUCUUAAGGAAUGUGCUGCAGUAUCACUGAAAACAAAACUCAUCCAAAUUCCUGAUUUUGAUGCCAAGAAGCCGAGAGGGCUUCAUGAAGCUUCAGCUAGAAUGAUAGCAAAAAUACUUGUCAGCAACGAACUUACACCAGAAUAUGCUCAGACAAUGAAGUAUCUGAUUUGUCAUGAUACUACUAACUUCAAGCUGAUUGAGAACAGAGAAUGUCCCCAACAAGCAAACAAUUCGUAA